AAUCUCGCCAUGAAGGGCGGCAAGAAGCAGCUCCAGAAACUGGAGUCCAGGGUGCGUGAGCUAGAAGCUGAAGUUGAGGGUGAGCAGAGACGUGGAGCUGACGCAAUUAAAGGUGUUCGCAAAUAUGAGAGGAAAGGGAAGGAGCUGACCUACCAGACUGAGGAGGACAAGAAGAAUGUGGCGAGACUUCAAGAUCUGGUGGACAAGCUGCAGCUCAAAGUCAAGGCUUACAAGAGACAGGCUGAGGAGCCUGAGGAGCAGGCCAACACUCACAUGUCCAGGCUGAGAAAGGUUCAGCAUGAGCUGGAGGAAGCUCAGGAGCGUGCUGACAUCUCUGAGUCCCAGGUCAACAAGCUGAGAGUCAAGAGCCGUGAUGCUGGAAAGGGAAGUGACUCCGCUGAGUGAAAAACCAGAUCCGGCUGAGGCAUGAGUUCAUCCAAUAUGAACCACUGAGAUUUUCCACUGGAAAU